AGCCUAGCUUAUCGUUGCUAGCACUGUACUGAUACAUACCUAAGAAGGGAUAUUAUAUCAUCAGCCGUCGAUUACUAAGCACAAUCGAAACAUGUCUGACAAUCAUUUACCAGUGACUAAAUCCGUCAGAUCAGUCAAACCAAAAGUAAGCGUGAAAUUGGCAGAACUCUUGGAUCGCUUGGAUUUGUCUCCCUCCAUACUUUUGGAGGAAGAUGCUUGGGCAAUCGAGAGAAGUUCAUCCGCUUCAUCUGGGAUUGGAUCUGUUAAAAAUGCAGAUUGGGGGUGCGGGUACCCCAAUACAUCUUCUACGGGAAAUACUAUGGACCGAAAAACAUUACUUGAAGAAUUGGCAGCCGUGAGGGCCAAGGUUGAGACGUGCAUGGUGCGAAAUAACUUUUUUCACACUCAACUAAUCGAACACUUUAAAAGAAAGCAGAUGAUGCGUGUCUACGGGGAGGCAAACGAAGAAGACCCUCUAAGAAAUAAGUACUUAAAAAAGUUAUCCAAGUACGAGCAAUUGCGAGAAGAACUUGAAUCUGGGGAGGAAGACUUUAGAGUAGAAAUCACGCAACUGCGAAAAGAUUUGCGGAAAAAGACAGACGAGGCAGAUACUGGCAUCGAAGAAUUGCUUUCUAAGCAGCGAGCAGCUGCAGCGCAAGCUUAUACAAACGGCAAACCGCUAUCCACGAAAGAAGUACAAGCAAUGAUAACACGUGAGCUUGCAAAAAUGAAGGAUAUCUCGAAAAUUCGUGUGCGGUAUGCACGUCUGAGGGACAGCCUUGUGGAGAAGGAAGUCGUCUUUGAUGCUCUGAAAAUUUUAACACCAAAUCUAGACCGAAAAGAUUACGAGCGUUUAGAAGCAGAGAACUUCUACUACCGGCAUGAGCUGAGAUUAAAAGAAGAGGAAGGUGAGCGACUAGCGAGAAGACAGGAGCGUAUUUCGCGACAGUUGCAAGCGAUUCAGCACAAACGAAAGAACUUGUUACGACUUAUUAAAUUGCAGCGAGAUACCAUACAAAAAUUGAAGCAAAGAAUCGUGGAGACAUGUCGGCAGAAACAGAUGAAAAGGAAAAAAGAGAGAGAGGUCCAACAGUACUUUGACAAAUUUGAAUUCAUUCUGGGAUUACGCCUGUAUCCAGAAGUACAUGCGAAGAUGGAAUAUUUCCAAAAUCAGCACAAAGAAUGGCUUGAAAGAGUUGCGCGUCUCAUGGCUGAAAUCAAGAAUAGAAAUCAAAGCUUGAAAGACGUUGAACCGCGUAAGAACAUUCGCAGACAAAAACAAACAUCGGACGAAGAAGGUACGACGGACGAUGAUACGCCAUCUCCUAGAAAAUCACGCCAUCCACCCCUAGGUGGAGGAUUUCUUCAGUCACUUUAUAACACAGGACGGUAAUAAUAUGAAACCCGGUGGCUAUUAUCUCGGUUUACCACUUAACAAAUUUUCUCGUUCAUACGAUUUCAACUGUGCUUCGCUUAUGAUAUUCAAAAUACAAAUCAUAUUAGCAACCAAAAAUUGAGUGUACCGGGCACAAAUUAAGAAGAAGGUAGUUGUAUAAAAAUACUGUAGCUACAGUUGGCAAAGUAUUUCAAAAUGCGUCCGUACUAAACCAUGAAAUUGAGGACUGUAGAAAAAUUCUUUAAAUUACCUAAGUAUCCACAUAUCUUUAAAAACCAGAAGAAUACUGUAAAUACAGCACAAAAUACAUUCUUUAUAUCGCUAGUCCAGUAGCAUAAAAUAUUCUAUAAGUUGUGAGUUACGAUUCGUAAUCGAUUAUAGUGACAAGUUGUAAUAUUUUUACGGACAGAAGGAAUUUCAUUUAACCCACAUUAUGUGUAAAGUGCAGCUUGAGUAGGGUCCAUAAUAAUGAUAAUGAAACAUAUCUAGAUUUUAUGUAAAAGAGUUUAUAAUAAUUAGUUUAUUUUGGUGUUAUUUGGUGUACAAUAUAUUUUACCUUGGAAAUUAAUUCUCGUCAUAAAUCCGACCGCUGUGCGCUAGAUUUAUGUAAUAAAAAUCUCCGAUUAAUAAAUGUUACAAAGUGUUUUUCAUCAAACAAUUGUAUCCUUAAUAUGUAUGCAUUAGAACGAUUACAUAUUAUGUAUUACUCAUUAGGAGUGUGAAAAGAAUUGUGGCAGCACUGUAGAAUUAUCGAGUACAUUGGUAUAGCAGUGAAACUCGCACCAACAGCGUCUGUAGUAGAUACUAACUAGGUAUGUACCUUAGAAAUUAAGCUUCAAUCUUUUUUCAUUUAAAAACGAGACACUGAGUGAAAGCGUUUUUCUUUGUAUAUAUUGUUCAGUUCAGUUCAGUUUUCAAUUAACCGUUAAUUAUCGUUGUGCUUUUUGUUUGACAAUGCCUAUAAAUUAUAUUGCGCGUAGUUAUUACACACAUUCAGCACAUUCAUUUUACAUAGAUACUUCUAUUAGACAAUUAUUUAUUGGUGUUAUUUGAAGUUAAGCUAUUGAUAAACAUUAAUUUAAUUACCAUUAUUCUAACGAUUCAGUAAAUACUCGGUUGUUGUUAUAAUAGUAAUAAUAAUAAUAAUAAUUAUAACUAUAAAACACUGGUACUUAUUAUGUACAAUAAAAUUCUAACAAAUUUUGGCUAUUAAGAUUAUAUUACACGUUCUAAGUGUUGCCAUUUAGCGCGAUUGUAAUUACGAUAUAAAUAUACUCAAUUCUCUCUCUUAAAAAAACACAGUAAAAUUUUGAAUAAUACAAUAACGCAAUAAAGGUUUUUAACAACGAAAAUCCGUUCAAUUAAUUUUCUUCUGAUUAUAUGACCACUUUCGACUUUUUGAAAUUUAUGUUGUCUUAAUUAAUAUGUAUAUCAUUCAUUUACAACCUACGUAUAUUGAUGACUUCAAAUAGCAGAUGAAUAUGGAUUCUAAAAGUUGAGACUAUAUGCCGACAUAUCAAAUUCUGCAUUAUUAUUUUCUGUCGAUUUCUAUUUAAAAUGCAACUCAAUAAUAAAAAAUUUUGAAAAAUUAAAUUGGCAGAUAAUAUGAGUAAUAAUUUGAAUUGAAUGUAUACCGUUUGUGCAGUACUAGUAUGGUACAUACGAAUCACUGCAUAAUUUUAUACCACGAUCAGAAUAAAAUCUGUAUCCUCGCAAAAUUCUGAUGAAAACAUUAAUGCAACGUGAUAGUGUAAGAGAAACUAAUAUUUGUGAAGUUUUAAUUAAAUAAUAAAAUCGAUGAUAAAAUGAUAUACAUAUGAAUCCAUUGGAUAUAAAUUGCGAUGAGAUGUUGUAGAAUUGUGAUGCCUCAUGUAAGUAUACAUAUCUUCUAGGAAUUAAUAACACAUUAUAAAUACAGAGUAAAAUACCUGUAUUACAGCAGUUAGAUAUUUUUCUGUAUAAACUUUAUACAGAUAUAUUUAUAUAUAUAUAUAUUAUAUAUAAAAAAUAUUUCGAACUAAAGCACUUUAAAUAGGUAAAAGUAUAUUCCAAGAGAGGGUCACUUUAUAAAUCUGAACUUGAGGUGUACACUAUGCUCCCUUGCAUUAAAACCCUUCUGAAACUUGUCUAUAAAAAAUAUAUAAAAAUCAUUUUUAGUAAUCAAUUUUUAUUUCAAUUUCUUUUUUUUGCUAACCCUCGGAAAUAGUUUCCUUAACGUUCCAAGUAUGAAAAUUGUUAUCAUUGCACUCGGUCAACGAGCUUACGUAAGCUUUUUACCUUUAAUUCCUACAGCAUACAGUAUAACCAGAAAUAUUUAUCAUCUUCUUCGUUUAAAAUUUAAACAAUUACCAUGAUAUUAUUCUACCGAUACGUUUCUUUGUGAACACAAAGGUGAAUAAAAAUAUGAACAUACUAUGAGUGGGAUAAAGUGAAUUUUCUGAAAAUGUUCCCAACUCGCAUCGUGAGUACAAUUGAAAGGAAUUGCUGUCUGAUUAUUAGAUUUGAAAUAAAGUGAUAGGAAAAUGAAUUUAAAUAUAGAAUCGAAAAUAAUUUCCAUUUUUUAUGGAGAAAUUGAAAAAUUGUGUCCAGAAAAUUCACCUUUACCAAAUUUCUCCUAUAUAAACCUUUUGUACCGACUUUCUUAAGCCCCCUAACUAGCCAUACAUAA